GCAAGCGUUGAGAUAUUCAGUUCUACAUAUAGGCAAGCGAGUGUUGCAGUUCCUUUGUUAGUUUUGCAUAUUCAAUUUAUUCUAAAAGUGUUUGAUUAAUAAAUUAACUUGCGUAAACAAAAUGUUAUCGCGUUAUCUACUGCAACGUUCGUUGAGUGCAACGUCAAUGAGACGAUAUGCGACUGCGGCACCACAGGCACAGAUAAGCGAAACAGUGUCUACUGCCGAUGCUUUGGAAAAUGCACGUCCAUUUUCAGAGAUUCCUGGGCCAAGCAAAUAUGAACUUAUUCGUGGAUUUAUGCCAGGAGGAGAAUACUCCAAAAUAACCUUUACUGAAGCAACGAGGAUAAUGCAAAAAAAAUAUGGAUCAAUAUUCCACUUUCCCGCCCUUUUUGGCAAACCUGAAAUUAUAAUGGAUCUCAAUCCGCUCGAUUAUCCCAUAAUAUUUCGUAACGAAGGUAUAUGGCCCGAACGACGCUCCUUCGAGACAUUCGUUUACCAUCGCACGGUGCAUCGUCCAGAUGUAUUUCAAGGCGUUAAUGGACUUAUCACAACAGGUGGCGAAGAAUGGGCGAAAAUGCGCACAGCUGUCAACCCAGUUUUGAUGCAACCUCGUAAUGCCAAGCUCUACUUAAAUACGCUAUUGGAAAUAAACAACGACUUUUUAGAGAGAAUUCGUGACAUACGGGAUCCGAAAACACUUGAGGUACCUGCUGACUUCCACGACGACCUGAAUCGUCUUACCUUGGAAGGUGUAACAGGUGUUGCCCUCAACACUCGUCUAGGAAUGAUACAUAAAAAUCGGGAUGCACCAGAAACAAAAAUUCUUUUGAAAUCGAUACGCAACUUCUUUGACUACUCUGAAGACUUGGAAGUUAAGCCUUCGAUUUGGAAGAUUGUGAAAACACCCAAAUUCUACAAACUUAUGGACGCACUGGAUAAACUCACCGAUUUGUGCAACAAAUAUAUCGAUGAAGCUUUGAAACAAAUUGAAUUGGACAAAGAUGGAAAAUUCACCUCGGAAGUGGGUAAGGAAAAGAGUGUGUUGGAAAAACUAUUACGCAUUGAUAGACGCAUCGCUGUGGUAAUGGCGUUGGAUAUGAUGAUGGCCGGUGUGGAUACUACAAGCUCCACGUUAGUGGGUAUUUUAUUUUGCAUCGCCAAAAAUCCGGACAAGCAAGCGAAACUUUUCGAAGAGCUCAACCGUAUAUUGCCUAGUAAGGAUUCGCAACCGACAAUUGAAAGUAUGCAAAACCUGCCCUAUUUGCGCGCCUGCAUAAAGGAGGGUAUGCGCUAUUAUCCCAUCAUUUCUGGCACAAUGCGUCGGCUACCGAACGACGUGGUAUUAAGUGGCUAUCAUAUACCGGCUGGCACCGAUAUUUCGGUCAGUUCUAACUUGUUGCUUCGCAAUGAGAACUUCGUGGUCGAACCGAAUAAAUUCAUACCAGAACGUUGGCUACGCAAUGAUACCGAAGGCAAGAAAUAUCAGCUCGAUAAUCCUUUCCUGUUUCUACCCUUCGGUUUUGGCCCACGCAGCUGUGUAGGGAAGCGCAUUGUAGAUUUAGAAUUGGAAGUAACUUUGGCUCGGCUGGUGCGAAAUUUCGUGAUAGAGUUUAAUUAUUCAACGGAAAACGCGUUCGUACCAAAACUCGUACUUCAGCCAGCUAUUCCAUUGAAAUUCAAAUUCGAGGAGAGAAAAGCGUGAAGAGUUAUCAUGGUCCCUUUGUUUAUAGAUAGUGUUAAAUAAUACUGAACUAAUAUUAAGUACUUACCUAUACAUAUGCGUUCGUAUGCAACCAAAUAAUUGAGGUGAUAAGGUGAUAAAAGAACCCAAAAUGUAUGAUAAGAAUAUUUUAAAAACAAACUUAUGGACGCACAGUGCAUGUUCCUUAGAACCGUAACAAAGAAAUAAUCAAUAUACAUAGUAAAUACACAUUUAUUAUUUGAUAAUGAAAUCUGCAUUGAUAAAGUAUUUAUAUGUUAGUGUUAUUGAUUUGAAAUA